GGUAAAUUUAUGUACUUUUACAUUCUGAUUAACAGCAAUAUCAUAAUUUCUUCAGAUGCUAAUUAAUGCCUUUCUCGUUCUAAGCAGGACUGUAAAAUGGAUUUAGAAUUCAAAGACCGUAACAACAGCACACAUACCAAGAACACCUCUUCUGCAACAAAGAAUUUUUCUGCCUGGGAAGACUAUAAGAGUAGUGUUGAUGACAUGCAGUACUUUCUUAUUGGGCUGUACACGCUUAUAAGUCUGGCUGGCUUUGUGGGAAAUCUGCUUAUAUUAAUGGCCCUACUAAAGUGCAAGCAGAAGACAGUAAUAAACAUUCUUAUUGGAAACUUGGCCUUUUCUGACAUCUUGGUUGUGCUGUUUUGUUCACCUUUCACGCUGACAUCUGUCCUGCUUGACCAAUGGAUGUUUGGCACUGUCAUGUGCCAUGUAAUGCCCUUCCUCCAGUGUGCCUCAGUCCUAGUUUCAACUUUGAUGCUAAUAUCUAUUGCUGCAGUCAGGUACCGUAUGAUAAAGUAUCCCCUCUCCAACAAUCUCACAGCAAAACAAGGCUAUUUCUUAAUAGUGAUCAUUUGGGCCUUUGGCUUCACAAUUUGCUCCCCUCUGCCAGUUUUCCAUAAAACCGUGGACCUCAGCAAAACUCUGAAUUUAGAGGGACUGGAGAACAGGCUGCUGUGCAUCGAGUCAUGGCCUUCUGACUCCUACAGGAUCGCCUUCACGAUAGCCUUGCUGUUCAUGCAGUACAUCCUGCCGCUGGCGUGCCUGACCGCCAGUCACACCAGCGUCUGCAGGAGCAUAGGUGCUAGGCUGUCAAACAAGGAAAACAAGUUUGAAGAAAAGGAGAUGAUAAACCUAACUCUUCAUUCCUCUAAGAGCACUGGCACGCAGGUUCAACCCUCCAGAUAUUCCCGGUGGAACUGUGCCUUUGGCAGAAGGCACCACAGAAGAUACAGUAGAAAGACUUCAAGUGUGAUGCCAGCUAUUUCAAGGCAUCAUCAGGAUACUCAUUCCAGAGAUGUCCCAGAAACCUCUGACACAGAAAAAAGCCAGCUCUUUUCCUCCAGUAAAUUCAUCCCUGGGAUCCCUAUCUGUUUUGAAAUGAAACCAGAAGAAAAUACAGAGAUCCAGAACAUGAUUACAGUAUCCCAGUCCAUCAUCAGAAUUAAGACAAGAUCGAGGAGGGUUUUUUGCAGACUGACAGUGCUAAUACUAGUUUUUGGCUUCAGCUGGAUGCCUCUUCACCUUUUCCACAUUGUCACAGAUUUUAAUGCCACUCUCAUUUCCAACAGGCACUUUAAAUUAGUAUAUUGCAUAUGCCAUUUGUUGGGUAUGAUGUCCUGCUGCUUGAAUCCCAUUCUCUAUGGGUUUCUUAACAACAGCAUAAAAGCUGAUUUAAUGUCCCUUAUUCCGUGCUGCCAAAUACCGUGAUUUUAUGUGCCCCAAGAUAAAGUAAAACAAACAAGUAUGGCUUUCAAGCCUAGUGGUGUGUAUAGCUGUAAAAGCUAAAUUAG